AUGAAUUUCAAGAUUGGAUUCAUGAGCCUGGUCGUGGUUGCUUCAGUUUUCUUCGUCAUUCUUUUGGUUCCAGAAAUAGUAGAAGCGCAAAAGGAAUGCUUUGGACUCUGUAGACAGGUUGGGAACUGCACGGACACUUGCACCAGUAAAGGAUAUCGAGUUGGCCAAUGUGUUGCCUGGGAUUAUGACGAUCCUAAGAUGUGUCGUUGCAGCUAA